UUCAGGGCAAUCAGAGCAACACUUGAAGCGCAGCUGAGUUGCUGAAGUGGACUACUGCGGCUUACAGGGGAAAAAGAGGAAAGAGGAAAUUGUAAAUGGCAGAAAGCAGAGAUAGAAGAGAGAAGAGAGGCGGUUGGAAAGAGUGAGGCAGGGAAAGUGAGUGUCACAGGUAGGCAGAUAAAAGCAGAGUUUACAGGGGCUGGGCAGAGCAGAGAAGAGGGCUUUAUCUGUACUUUACCUACACAUGGACUGGACUCAGAAACAGGCCGGUGCCAUGUGUUUCCAUGACAUGCUGACGCUACAGUAAACAGGAGGAGAAGGGAUCAGGAAGUGGAGGGGAGCGCUCAAACUAACCAGGAGUUCCCAGGAGAGAAGGACAAAAGAGCAUAUUGAAUUUUUUGAGCUGAAGAAAGGACACUGAGCUUUACCUGGAUCUGUGUGAGGCUGGAUCACUAUGAGGGAUUGGAGCUUUUGCUUCACACGGCAUAGGAAGAUCAGUUACAGAGCACCCAGACUGCCGAAGAGCCUGACAAAAGCCUACUGGACUUGACAACAUUAAAAAGAGAAGCCAGUUGUAAGGACAGGAGGAGGAGGAGGAGGGAAAGAGGAUAUGUGUGAGGCGAGACGGACGAUUGAAGAUAAAGCGAAUGAGGUGAUACGGAAGAUGAUUAGAUAGAUGAAAGGAGCGCGAGAGGCAGACGUGAGAGUCAAAUGAGGAGUCAAGCUUAAGAGUGAAAGGAGUCGGAGAUGAAAUAGCGUACUCUGCUAUCAGAAAAAGACGAGCCAGGUUAGAUAGAGGAGGAUAAAGCUCCAGGAGAGCCCUGGUCUAGAAGGAUCCAGAGGACACCUGCUGUCGCCGUUCACAGAUAGCAGAAACAAACAUUAGCCGUGAUGUUCAUGAACUUCCGUCGUAUCCGCAAGUGGCACUACGUGCAGCUGCUGACCACGGGCCUGUUGCUGAGUGUGGUGAUGGUCUGCUGGGAGGGACUGGACCACCAUGUGGUCAGCCACAUGAGAUCCUACACGUACCGCUACCUGGUCAACAGAUACGACUUUCUCAAUUCCUCUUUCUCCAUCCCCCCCAGGCAUCACCGCAGAGAUGGUGCGGAUGCUGGCUUAGUGAGCUAUCCGUACCUCAUCAACCAUCCGGGUAAAUGCGGAGCUGGUGCUAAAGAUGAGAAAAGCUUGGAUGAUGUUCUCCUGCUGCUGUUUGUGAAAUCAUCUCCAGAGAACUUUGAGCAGCGCCAGGCCAUCAGGGACACGUGGGGGAACGAGAGCUUUGUUUGGUCACAACUGGGGGUGAACAUGAGGACGGUGUUCGUCCUUGGCGUCCACCCGGAUGUCGGGCGGAGAUCCAGUGUGCAGAGUGCGCUGCUGCAGGAGGACCGAGCCUACGGAGACCUGAUCCAGCAGAAUUUCUUGGACACCUUCCACAAUCUGACCGCCAAACUGAUCCUGCAGUUCCACUGGGGCCACGACUACUGCCCUCAGGCACGCUUCCUCAUGUCUGCAGAUGAUGACGUGUUCAUCCACGUGCCCAAUUUGGUGAAGUACCUGCAGGAGCUCCUGAGUAGACAACCAGAGGCCAAAGACCUGUGGGUGGGGCACGUGCACAGAGGAGCCCCUCCGAUUCGUCGUAAAAAAAGCAAAUACCACGUUCCUAAUGAUCUGUACCCCUGGCCCUCCUACCCAGACUACACGGCUGGAGCCGGGUACGUGGUUUCAAGGGAUGUGGCCGCUAAGAUCUACUAUGCAACCCUGAUGCUGAACUCCUCCAUGUACAUCGACGACGUCUUCAUGGGGAUUUGCGCCAAGGCCAUGGGGGUCUCUCCCCAGGAGCAUGUGUACUUUUCAGGGGAGGGGAAGGCUCCAUACCACCCCUGCAUCUAUGAUCACAUGAUCACAUCGCACGGUCACGCCACGGACUUGCGCUCACUGUGGCAGGCAGCGACAGACCCGACGGUGUACCGCCACUCCAGAGGAUUUUUAGGCAGUGUGUACUGCACAGCGGUGAGAGUGAUGCUGCUGUGUCUGCCAUAUUACCAGAACACUUACUCCUGUAUGGCUGCUUUUACAUGAAUGCACUCAAGAUGGAGGACUGCUGAAUGUACCACACAAACAAAUGACGGUACCUUGCACAGUCUGGAUCUUUUUUUUUUUUCUCUCUUCCAUGUUAAAUGUCAGUUUUGCUGGCUGUACUCUGCAUUUGACUCUCUGUUAUAAAGACCAAAGCUGUUCUGUGAAGCAAUCGAAUGUAAUCAGUUGUUCUUCAGUCUUUAGCAGGAUCCAUUAUCACUUGGUUUCAGCCAAAGAGAUAAGAGACUGGUAAACCCUGCUUCACAUUGUCAUUCACUUGCUAACUUCUGAAGGGUUUAGUUCUGUCUUUACAGUCUAAGAUAAUGUCUAAACUAGCUGUUGAAUAUUAGGAGUUGUGGUGUGACUAGUGCAUUGACGAAGUUCAUUUCACGCUCUGCAUACAUGUCACAUUCAGAGCUUUUCAAAUCUGAAUGCCCUUCUGGUGUUAUAUAUGACUGCUUGACUUGACAAUGCAGGAGCUGUGUGAGAGGACAAUCUGGCUGACUUUAACCCUGUAACAAGCAGUCCCAAUAUGGGAUGGACAAAGCAUAUUUCUGUAUAAACCAUUUUAAAAUCUUGUUUGUAAAAGAACAUCCUGCAUGUUUACAAUGUGACUGCCUCUGUAAAUUUGGUUCAGCAUCAUCAGACUAACUGGCUUCUUGAUAGUAAACUCUGAGGAGCAACCUUUCAGAGACCUGUAAUCAAAAGCUCAAGUACAGUAACCAUUUUAUUUUGUGUAUUUCAAUUGAAUGAAUCGAUUAGCCAAUCAAAAGUGAAUUAAUUGGCAACUAUUUUUUUUUUUUUUUUAUAAUUGAUUCACAUCAGUUAUUUUUUUAAGCAAAUGUGGCACCAAAAAAUGCUGCUUGCAGCCUCUCCAAUGUGGGAAUUUGCUGAUUUUCUCUGUUUUGCAUCAUUGUAGAUUAAAUAUCUUUAAGAUAAUAGUAGUUAGAUUCAUCAAAGAUGACAUGAAUGUUUGCAGCCCUAAUAUCAGUUUUGCCUUAAGAACAAGAAGCAACAACAUCCACAAGAACAUCAGGACUGGGCUGAUUGAAUGAAUGUAAUUCCUUGGAUACUGGGCUGGGGCCAAAAAGGUGCUUGGAAAUAGAUUGUUUUCAGUGGGAGUCACUGGUUUUUCAGGGGCUUCGAUCGGAACUGCGCAGAAGCAAAUGUAGCUGAAGAUCACAUUCAUAAAUCAUGUAUAAAAGAUACUCUGUGUGAGGAAUAUUUAACCCGAAAUGUUCUGUAUCAUUUAUUGUUGGCAUCUUCUUUUGGCUGGUCAGAAACAUUCUCCUCAACCCUUGGACCCUUGAACUCUGUAUUUGUUUUUAGUUCUGCUCUGACUGACUCAUUCCCAUCAGGCUGACAAAGUGACAUCUCCUAUUGAGAGAGCUGUCUCUGAGUUAAAUGAUGCCAGGAUGUCCCUACCAACAUAUGGACAUAACAGAAAGCAGAACAUUUUGGGGGGAAAGUCAGGGUUUCAGGGCAGUUACCCCAAUGUACUGUGUACCUCUGUGUAUUGUCUUUGUAACGGAUGAAAAUAAGUGCUGUUUUAUCACCAUCAUUAUCUGUUCAUCAUCAUAUUAAGGGAGAAUUUAACCCCGCCAAGACUGUCAGAUAUUUUUUUCCUCACCACUCACCCCCUCUGCUCUGUUUCCUGUUCUUGACCACACUCUUUUCCGGUGACCCUCUUCUUUGCUCUCCCAUUACUGCUGCAUCCUGCUGCGCUGUGGUUUUAAUAAUAAAACAAUCUGAGACACCA